ACGCCGGGAGCCGGAAGUCGAGGUCGGCCCUGCGCCAGAGCGUGGGAGCGCUGGCUGCUGGGGUUCCGGGGCGCUGGGGUCCGGAGGCGAGCCUCGAUGCCGACACCGCGGCUUCUGGUCCUUUUCGGCAGCCAGACAGGCACGGCGCAGGAUGUGUCGGAGAGGCUGGGCCGCGAGGCCCGGCGCCGGCGGCUCGGCUGCCUGGUGCAGGCCCUGGACUCCUACCCGGUGGUGAAUCUGAUUAAUGAGCCCUUGGUGAUAUUUGUUUGUGCAACUACAGGCCAAGGAGAUCCCCCUGACAACAUGAAGAACUUCUGGAGGUUCAUAUUCCGGAAGAACCUACCGUCGACCUCCCUCUGUCAGAUGGACUUUGCUGUCCUGGGCCUUGGGGAUUCCUCUUACGCCAAGUUCAAUUUUGUGGCCAAGAAGCUACACCGACGGCUGCUGCAGCUCGGGGGCAGUGCCCUGCUGCCCAUGUGCCUGGGCGAUGACCAGCAUGAGCUGGGGCCCGAUGCCGCCAUUGACCCCUGGCUGCACGACCUGUGGAAGAAGGUGCUGGACCUGCACCCAGUGCCCCUCGACCUGGGCAUCAUCCCCACUGGCAUUCCUUUGCCCUCCAAGUUCACCUUGCAGUUUCUGGAGGAGGCCCCCGUCACACACUCUGAGGAGCAGCAUGUGGCCAGGAUGGACCCCCAGGAUCCCCCUUCAGAGCUGCACCCUUUCCUCGCACCCAUGGUCUCCAACCAGAGGGUCACCGGCCCCUUGCACUUCCAGGAUGUUCGCCUGAUCGAGUUCGACAUCACAGGCUCUGGGCUCAGCUUUACAGCUGGCGAUGUGGUGCUGAUCCAGCCCAAGAACAUAGCCCCCCACGUCCAGCAGUUCUGCCAGCUGCUGGGCCUGGACCCCGACCAGUGCUUCACACUGCAGCCGCGGGAGCCAGGUGUCCCCUGCCCCGUGCAGCUGCCCCAGCCCUGCUCUGUGCGGCGCCUUGUGUCCCAGUACCUGGACAUCACCAGCGUGCCGCGCCGCUCCUUCUUUGAGCUGCUGGCCUGUCUCUCCCCCCACAAGCUGGAGCGAGAGAAGCUGCUGGAGUUCAGCUCUGCCCAAGGCCAGGAGGAGCUGUGCGAGUACUGCAGCCGGCCCCGCAGGACAGUCCUGGAGGUUUUGUGCGACUUCCCACACACGGCUGGAGCCAUCCCCCCAGACUACCUGUUGGACCUCGUCCCCCUGAUCCGGCCACGGGCCUUCUCCAUCGCCUCCUCCCUGCUGGCUCACCCCUCGAGGCUGCAGAUCCUCGUGGCUGUGGUGCAGUACCAGACACGCCUCAAGGAGCCCCGCCGGGGCCUCUGCUCCUCCUGGCUGGCGUCCCUGGACCCUGGACAAGGACCUGUCCGGGUGCCCCUGUGGGUGCGGCCUGGGAGCCUGACCUUCCCAGAGACACCAGACACACCUGUGAUCAUGGUGGGGCCUGGCACUGGUGUGGCCCCCUUCCGAGCGACUGUCCAGGAGCGUGUGGCCCAGGGUCAGACCAGAAACUUCUUGUUCUUCGGCUGCCGCCAGCGGGACCAGGACUUCUACUGGGAGCCCGAGUGGAAGGAGCUGGAGAAGAGGGGCUGCCUGACCCUGGUCACAGCCUUCUCCCGGGAGCAGGAGCAGAAGGUGUACGUGCAGCACCGGCUCCGGGAACUCGGGCCGCUGGUGUGGGAGCUGCUGGACCACCAGGGUGCUUACUUCUACCUCGCAGGCAAUGCCAAGUACAUGCCAGUGGAUGUGUCAGAAGCCCUGAUGUCCAUCUUCCAGGAGGAGGGCGGGCUCUCCAGCCCUGACGCCGCUGCCUACCUUGCCAGGCUGCAGCGGACACUGCGUUUCCAGACUGAAACGUGGGCCUGAGAAGCCAUCCUGCUGGGGCGGUCAUUGUCUCCUCCCGCCCUAUGUGAUCCCAGGCGGGGGAUGGCCAGUCCUCCUGCACAGCCGCACUCCAGUCCACCCAGGGUCCCACACUCAGCCUGGACCCCCGCUGCCCUACUACCACCCCACCCCACCCCACUCUACCCAGCUUUGAAUCCACCCGCCUUGUCCAGGGUUCCAGGUUACUACUGGCCUGUCCCCACUGGCUCCAACUUGGGUCCUGGUCAGAGUGCUGCCCUGGGUUGCACAGGACCCAAGAAGCUACUGGCAGCCUGAUGGGCAUCAGGGGACCUGCCCAGAUGCCAGCUUUCAGAAAGCCUAGGAAUCUGGGGUGCAGGGUCCCUGGGAAGGCCAAAUGCCCCCUCCUCUGCCCUGGGGGACAGUGGGUUACCAGUCACCUUUUGCUACAUCUCCAUGCCGUACCACGAAGUGCUCAGUACCAUCUUGGGCUUCACAGGGCUCAGGCUUGGGCUUGAAGACAGCAAGGACCCCGAGCAGCGGGAAGAGGCCCACCCAGCACACAUGUUCUUUGUCUGGUUCUGGGAAAGCCUCAGCAAUAAAUUGUGGGCUCUGA